GGAGAGAGAUUGAGUGAGGAGGCUUAGAAACAAGAGGGAGUUGUUGCCGGUGAUACAGUAUAGAGACACACAACUCAUUUUCUUCCUGAUACUUCUAGCGGGAGUACCAACUUGUUUCAAACAACCAGGGGUGGAAGUGCAGGCGAAAAAAGAAAAAGUGGUGCUUACGCGCAGAAGUCAGGCAGGCAGAGGGGAAGUCACUAGAUGUUUUAAAGAGUUUGCUUAUCUGACAGUGACAACAGGAUGAGAAGCUGAGCAAGGCACCAAAGAGGAAAGACAAACAUGGAGCAAGCAACAAUAUCUACAGUCACAUAGGAGAGACAUGCAUCGGCUGCUCUGAGGGGGUAAAAAAAGACAGAGAGAGGUAAAUAGUUUACUUUGUCCAUUCUGUCCAAAGGAGCGAAAGCACGAGCCGAGGGAUCGUAACACUGGAGCUCAAGGAUAAACCAUGGACUCUGCAUACAUCCCACCACACCUGGACGUUGCGACACACCCUUCCGUGACGCCCGAACCUUUGUACCUCAGUCACCUGGUGGUUUUGUAGGUCCACCAUGCUCCCUGCUAACCUCCUGCUCCUCAUGGUCUUGCUGCUACCUCAAGCCUCUUCUGGUCGCCAGGGUGAAGACACCAGAGAGAUAAAUCAUGGCAGGGUGUCCCCCACACCUUCACCCACGCAAUCAUUCCCAGAUUCCAAUCUGGCUCAGAGCAUCCAGACUCUUCUCUUGAGCCGGCUGGGCCUCCAGUCUCAACCAAAGCCGAGGCCUGGAGCCCCGGUGCCACGCUACCUUCUUGAUCUUUACCGCUUCCACCAGCAACAGUACCACCUACUAGAGGACCCUUCAUUUAGUUUUCCCAGCCAGCACAUUCAGCAGGCCAACACUGUACGCAGCUUUCAUCACAGAGAGCCUCUUGGAGACAGUCUCAAACCGAAGGAUCAUACAAGAGUUCACCUCUCCUUCAAUAUAUCCUCCAUUCCUCAGGAUGAAACAGUGCUCUCUGCUGAGCUUCGACUUCUCCGCAGAGGCAGACGCUCCCUGGGGCUUGGCCCCCACAAACUAAACUUAUACCUCUCUAAGCAUCAAGAAGAUCCUGAGCCUACCUUGCUGGAGACAAGGUUACUCAACAAUGACCUGCCCAGUCAUCAACCAAAUGGUUUCUGGGAAGCAUUUAGUCUAAGUGCAGAGCUUCUUCAUAAAGCCCAUGCUGGGACCGGCAGCCUGGGCUUCCUCCUGGAGGUUAGACCUGAAAACAGUUCCAGCUCAUUUCCUGACCAGAACUUCUCCAUUCAUGCAGGUGAGGAGGAAGCAGAAAAACAAAAAGAGGGACAUCUGAGGGUUUGCAGGUCUGUGGGGCAGGACGAUCACAGCUGGGCCCAGGAGAGACCCCUCUUGGUGACUUAUACUCAUGAUGGCCAUGGAGAGCCUUUAGUCAAACAAAGCAGGAGAACCUCUGGUAAUGGCCAGAGGUUGAGAGGAAGAAAAGGGUCAAAAGUGAAAGCCAGGAACAGCAGCAAGGGUCACAAUAGAGACCAAGGCUGGGGGAGGGAAAAAAAAAUGGGGUAUCUAUUGCAGGGCUGGGGAAGUGAUAAAGGAGGGGUGAGCUGGAGUGACCGUGGGAGGGUGAAAAGAAACGGUGGCCAUUCUGCAAAAUUGAAGCGGCUUUCUCGUGGUAGAUGCCGUCGUCAUCCUCUUUAUGUAGAUUUCAAUGAUGUUGGUUGGCACAAGUGGAUCAUUGCACCCAGCGGCUACGAUGCCUUCUUCUGCCUUGGAGAGUGUCGCUAUCCUUUGGCUGACCACAUGAAUGCCUCCAGCCAUGCAGUGGUUCAAACUAUGGUAAACUCUGUGAAUGGAGCUGUGCCACGGGCCUGCUGUGUCCCCACUUCCCUCAGCCCCAUUGCCCUGCUCUACCUGGAUUCUCAGGACCGAGUUGUGCUGAAGAAUUAUCAGGACAUGGUGGUGGAGAGUUGUGGCUGCUGGUAAAGGGCUGGAAAACCUAGACACAAGGACACUGAUGCGUGGAAUGGGAAGUGAUGUGGCAGUGUGAAAGAAUAGUCAUGUGAAAGGCCAGAUGGGAGAAGGGGGGGCAGAAAAUCAGCCAGAAAACUGCAAACAGAGACUGGUGGAAUCACAUGUAGCAGCAUAAGAAAUAUGAGUGGAAAGGAGGGAGAUAAGGGAAUGGAUGUAGCAGCUAAAUCAUCAUUAUCAAGAGCAAGAGGUCAGACAUAAAAGAGUGAGAGAAACCUAAAGACUGCCAUAUAACGCAUUACAAAUGAACAGAAAAGACAGGAAAGAGGCAGAACUGCUAGAAGAAAAGUUGUUGUUAACUUGCCUGAAAUUACUUUACUUUUUCCAUUUGGCAAUGACGCAGCUUCAGAUGAUGAGCUGACAAUCUGCUUGUUCUCACAUCAGAAGCUAGUUUUCUGCUCAUUGACCUCUGACAGAGUUGUCCAACAGGUGUAUGCACAUGCACAUUGCUUCCAUGAAAGACAGCUAACAUUGUAAGCUGCCAAAAGUGUCUCUGUUGGCAUACAUUUUAAACUCUGGUGCAGCAUUUAAAACAAUUCUGUCUUUUUUGUGGACUAACUGAUGAUUGAUAGAAUUAACAUUAUGACUAUGGCACCAGCAUGGUAUCAAGACAAUAUACGAUAGUGUUGUUUCUGCAGUAUUUGAACGAAGAGGAAGGGUUUGUCCGUUUUUAUGAAAGGUAAUAUAAUGUCAAACUGUCCCUUACAAGGAACCACUACAUCACAAGCUAUUUAAAACAACCACAAUAAUGCUAAGGACCUAUUAUGCUAUUAUUUGAAUGUACUACUAUCAUUAUUAUUUAAGAAAAAGAGACUUUUUGUAAAUUUUGUUUGCAGACGUGAAAAAAAUCAUGUAAUGGUUGUCUUGUGAUUAUACAAAAUUCCUCUGAAUUCUAACUUAAAAGCCACAUUAUGUAUUUAAAAGCAGCAAUAUGAUGUAUUUAAUCUAGAAAAUAUUUAAGAUACCUGCACUCAUCAGAGAAUACAGCAAACUUAGAGCCUGCCAUCCACAUGAAGUAAGCUAUGGUAGCUUUAUAUCAAUACAAUGUUCAGUGUUUUGAAUUAACAGCCUGUGUUACUUCCUGCCAUAUUAUUGCUUACAUUUUGGUGUAAAACACGUGGUAGCAGCCUUAAGUGGUAUUACCUCUAGAAGCUCAACUAACACAUCAACUGAAAACUGUAUUGUAGCUGCUGAAGUGUGUAACAACAGGUGUCUGUGCUAUAGUUGUGUCUGCAUGUGGCAAGAAAACAAGGAAGACUGAUAUCAGAACUGGGACUUUAGUGCCUUUCGAACAGGGGCUUUAAAGUGUUCUCUGCUGAGCUUAGUAAAUGUUUUUUAAGUGUUGUAUUUUUCUCUCUAAAUGGAAACAUUUAAGCAGCAGCUUGUAAAAUGUUUUGACCAUAUACCUCUAAUAAACAGAGCAAACAGCA